AUGACUGUGGCAUUAUUUCUAACUUCUCUUCUAGACGAAAAUAAAUCAAACAGCGUCGUGAGUUCAUCUGUGUACGCCAUUAAGUGGAUGCAUUCUAUUCAUGACUUCCCGGAUCCUACGGACAAUUCUGUAGUAAGGAAUUUAUUAGAAGCCUCUAAAAGACUUAGAUCAAAACCGGUUGUAAAGAAAGACAUUGUAGAUUCCAAUAUGUUAAAAUCUUUAUGUGCCUUGUUUGAAAACAAUAUGACACUUGUGAAUUUACGAGACUUGUCUAUGAUUCUAAUUUGUUAUGCAGGUUUUUUAAGAUUUAAUGAAUUAAGUUCUCUUUGCUGUAAUGAUGUCAUUUUUAAUGAGAAUCAUAUUGUUAUAAAAAUAAGGGUUAGCAAAACUGAUAUUUACAGAAAGGGAAACGAAGUUCUAAUAGCUAAGGGUGAUACUAUUGCCUGUCCAUACAAGAUGUUACAAAAGUAUAUGUCUAAGGCAGAUUUGACUGUUGAAUCAGAACAAUAUCUAUUCAGACCAUUGUUGAAAACAAGAGGUACAUACUCAUUGGUUAAAGUAAACAAACAGCUGAGCUAUACUAGAGCCAAAGAGUGUAUUGUUGCUAAACUUAGAUUAGUAGCUCCGGGCUUGAAACUCGGUACACAUUCUCUUAGAGCCAGCGGUGCUUCCGCUGCAGUUAAUUUUGGCAAGGUAUCUGAGCGUUGCAUUAAGAGACAUGGUCGUUGGAAGUCAGACCAAGCAAAAGAUGGUUAUGUUCAAGAUUCACUUGAAGAAAGGCUUUUUAUUUCAAAGCAUUUAGGGUUAUAA